AUGUCCGCGUCGGCAGUGACUGUCAAUAGCAGAUUGGUAGAAGAAUGUCGAGGGAGAUUUGGGUAUAAUGAGAUUGUGGAUGGAUAUACCUUGGAAGUACCCUUAGGAACCUGUGGCCUAGACCUAGAAGUCAAAGAAGACCUGAUUACCUUCAGCACAGUUGUCCAACUCGGAGUCCUUCCGAAGAAAGAUAUCCAAGGAACAAUUUUCUUCAACGGCCGAGUCGAAUUUUCCGUCCGUUGCGAUUUCAGGCGACAAGCCUCAACGAUGCUCUCAGACUUGAAGGGCCUCAGAUCGCAUUUUAAAACAUACAAGGCUGGAUCAGAGACGUGGAAUCACAUUACUCAGGAAUCAAGCUGGGACAAUGAUUUCAAGCUGACUUUUCACGAUGAAACUUAUAGAAGAGAAAUUUCGGGGAAGCAGUUUCUCGGAGACAGAAUAUAUUUCCAAAUCGAAUGGGUCGAAAAAAUCAAGGACAAUUUCCCGAUCGUCUUUUACGUCGAAAGCUGUACUGUAACCGAGAAAAAUCAGGCCAAUCAUUCGACAUUAUUCAAAAAAGCUGUGGGCAAAAAUCGUCGGGUCAAAAUUAGAGUCGCUCUCGAAAUUUCAAAAUUCAAAGUCCGCUGGAGCUAUCGAAGCUUUCAAUUUUCGACUGAUGCAGAUCAGGAGCUUUCUUUAGGUUGCAAAGUGCGCUUCAGUACGUCUGACAGACAAGAACUCGACGAGCGAGAAAUUCAAUGUGAAAAUGACAGAAAACGAAUUCCGGUUUACGAAGGAAGCGGCCUUUAA